AUGGACCAUUUCACGACUGUUGUUUUUGACGAAUCGUUACUUUGCACUCUUCAUGCUAUCGUUUCACAUGAUUGGCACGUCUCUAGCAUUGCAUUUAUUUUGCUCCUCUGCUCACUGUACAUCUUGCAGUGCUAUCCUUACCUCAUCCUGGAGGGCAAUUGUAAGUUUUCUGAUAUACCACCUCGUUGUGUUCCAGCGCUGGAAUUUAUCUUCGUUGGUAACAUAACAGCAAUUGCCAUAAUUCAAGCAAUGCUCGUCCUUCGAGUAUGGUAUCUCUUCUCCGCCAGCAAGAAGAUCCGAAUAAUUACAGUCUCCUCAUUUAUCUUAUCAUUAACUACCUCGAUGUUAUUCUCAAUCGUAGCCGCCCUGAAAGUCAAAAUCCUCCAAGCAGAUAUACCCCCUUCACCGGAAUUCAUCCAUUUCGAAGUUCUAGGUUGUCAAGUUUCCCGUCCACCCAUGUUCUGGCGCAUCUACUUGCCUUCGUUGUUUCUGCAUACGCUUCUAUACAUCCUGACCGCCUUCCGUGCUCUGCAGAACCGUCGCACGUUAAAACAAGCGCCAGUAAUGAAACGUCUUCUCAGAGACGGCGGUCUAUUCUUCUUCAUUGUCUUCGUCUCUGUAGGGUUCACAUCUAUCGGAUCUUUCUUUGAUAAUUAUCCUCAACUUAACAUCGUUGUCAUGUACUCAAACUUCCUCGUUACCGUCACAUCAAUAGCCGUGUCCCGUGUCAUGUUCAGCAUUCAUUCCCUCGCUGCGCAUCUCGGAUCCGAUACCGUCUGGCUCCUCAAUAACGUCGAGCUGAGCCGAGUCAACUGGAGAAGAGGCAACACCGAAGGAGAAAUCAUCGUUGAAGAGUGUUCUCGUGAAUUGGAUGAUGAGGAAGCGUCGAGGUCGGAUCAACUUGACGCAAUGAAAACCACGCGGAUCGGAGUGUACAACGAGCGGGCUUGGUGA